AAGAGGCAGUGCACAUGCUCAGAAAUGCUGCGCUGGGGCGGUGAGCGGUUUGCAGCGGCCAUUUCAAAGAGACGUCUCAAAGACGAGAGGAGAGAGAUCAGGGAGAAGCACCCGUUCCCAAGAUGCUGGCACCCUGCCUCCCGAGAAGGGCUGUCCUCACAGUUCCCUUCAUUCUUCUGGUUGCACUGAUCCUCACGGAGCCUGUUAGAGCCGAUCAAGAAGCAGGAACUGCCAUACCAGCUGAAAGCCGGCCCUGUGUUGACUGCCAUGCGUUCGAGUUCAUGCAGAGGGCUCUGCAGGAUUUAAAGAAAACAGCAUAUAAUCUAGACACACGGACAGAAACACUUCUUCUUCAGGUGGAAAAAAGAAAUCUGUGUGACUGUGUAGCUGCAAAUCUGCUAAACUGAAUUCUAGAGGCCAGCCAAGGAGUGUCACCUGUUCAGCCAUUUUAAAAAAGCAGCUGUAUAAAAUACAGCUUUAUGGAGUUCAUUUUGCAAACGUGUUUGCCCCAGUGUGCUG